AUGCUUCCGACCACAGAGGCGCCUGUCUUCACGGAGGAAAUCCAAGCCACAGAAUUCUAUACUUCUAGCCCUCUCCUUGGGAACCCAGAAGGAAACCUGAGUUCUAUUAGCUCUGUGAACUCUUCCAGUCCCGUGGAGGAAGAAAGGUCAGGUUCUCCGUCGGCCUCCACUCUUGCAGGAAACGUGGCCUCUUCCACUGAUGGUCCCAAGAACCCAGGAAUCACACCUGCAGGAGGGAACGCCAAGGAAACGACAGAUGUCCAUGCUGAAGAAAAGGCCGUCUUCCCGGCCAAGAUGAACUCUUCUUUGGAAGAAGGGACAGCUAAAACAGCUGCAGUGGUGUCUAAGGAAGCAGCCACACCAGUCACCUUGCUCUCUAAGGAAGAAGAGGCAGCUGAAUCCCCCGCGGAGAGGACUGAAGAAACAUCCACGGCGCCCAUCUUGCUUUCUGCUUCUGCCUCUGAGCAGCCUGGAGUAACAGAGCUUCUCAUGGAGUUGGAGCCCAGCACAACGAGCACAUCUCUUCUCAGCGCGACCAGCGGUGAAGGGAUAUGGGCAUCUCCCUCCGAGGAAGGGGCAAACAGCGUUGCUUCUGACGAAAUGAGUUUUCCGCCACCAGCUGCUGGAGACGAGGAGGCAAUGGAUGUGGACACCGGGGGAAGCGACGUGGGUUUCCAGCUCAACCCCACCGUAGCUUCGUGGGAGGAAGCACCAAACGUCAUCCCAGAAGCAGAUGAGGAGACUCCAGAGCUUUCUCCAGAUGCUGGCAGUGAGGCUGCAGCCCCGUCCUGGAGCCCGGGAGCAGACCCUUCCAGCCACACAGAAGAGCUGCCUGUAGAAGAAGAAGAAGCUGCUCCUGCUGAUGGAAGCUCUCCUCCACCACCUCCAGAGGGAGAUGCUGUGACGCCACCGCCAGAAUUGCCCCCAUCUGGUUCGUUGCCGUCUGAUGACACAACUGCGGAGUCAUCAGAACCCGGUGAGCUUGCUGCAGUUUCCACUCAACUGCCUUCUGCUGAUGAAGCUGCUCUGGAUGUAGAAUCUGCUCCUGGAGAAGGAAGGGGCGAUGCAGAUAGCUCUCUGUCUGCAGGAGAGCCCGAAAGCGAUACGGAGGCAACUGCAGUUCCUUCCUCUGCAGGCCCAGAAGUUGGCCCUGAAAACACGGCCGAUGUGCCCGCUGGAGAAUCAGAAGACCUGCUGAGUGCAGAAUCGUCCAGUUCCCUUCCAGUAGAUGAGUCCACGCUAGACAGUCCACCCGGCAUUUUAUCUCCCAGUGAUGCUCCCUCUGAACCUUCACUGAGGAUGGAAGUGUCUUCUCCUGCUGGACUCCCAUUGGGGUCGGGUUCUGCUUCACAGUUCCCUGAGGAUGGUGAGAACCAGGCAUCUUCCACAACUAACGAAGAGGCAGAGGAAGGUUCUGGAAGCCCAGACAGCAACAAGGAAGCAUCUUUUGCUUCAGUGUCUCCAGAGCAAGGACCAGCUUCUUCAGGAACAGAUGUCCCUGCUGGAGAAGAAGUUUCUACAGACCUUGCCAGUGGGGCAGCCUCCCCCUUGAAUCCUGGUGUGGAAACAGAUAGUUCAGAGGUGGCAGAGAAUGAGCAGCCCACAGUAUCAACCCAGAGCGAGCCCUCUUCAGAUAUGACCACCAUAAAUUCAGCUGGGGUAGCAGAGAAGGUACCAGGGACUUUGCCCGACACCAAAACAUCCCCUCCUUCUCUCCUGGAGGAUGAAACAGCAUCCGAAGCUCAGGGGUCAUCUGAAGAAACACCCUCUCCUAUGUCUCUUAGUGUUACACCUUCUCAGAAGGAGGAGGGAGAGAUCUCCCCCAGCGAAACACCUGGAAAGGUUGGUUCUUCUCCUGAAGGCAGUGAGGCAGCCACAGGACCAGAUGUUGUAUCAGGAUCAGCCACAAUUGAUGCUGUCACACAGACGAGCAGCGAAGGCCAGAGCGAGACAGACUCCCCACUCUCCAGCAUGGAGCUUAUCCCACCUGUGGGAAGAUCAGAGAUUUUGGACACUGAAGAAUCUUCAGAUCUGUCACCUGCAGAGGACAUGGUGGUAACAGAUCCAUCGGGAGGACAAGCCACCUUCCCCUCCACAUCUCCUGAUGAGUCACCUUCUGGUCCCUCUGUUACAGAUGCAAUGGAAGCUCUAUCAAAUGGACCACCUGGCUCUCCACCUUCCUCCCACCCAGCCCCAGAAAAUGACAUGGGGGCAGGCUCAGAGGUCACCACGGGGCCAGAGGAACUAGGACAUUCUGCUGCUGUGAACAGGGAGGAAGCAUCUCUUUCCCCAGUGUCCACCGCAGAGCCUGAACUGGCUCCUGCAGAAACAGAGGCCGCUGAGGAUGGAAAUGUUUCUGAAGACCUAGGCAAGGUAUCAGCCUUACCCUCCAGAGAAGAGACAGUAGGAGCCACCUCAGAGGCAGCAGUUGAUGAGGAAUCCCCUUCAGAUAGCAGCAGCUUUCUGGACGAAGCCAACACUCCGCCCCCAGAGCCACAGCUAGGUCCAGGAAGUGCAGAAGAGAACAGUCCACCAAGCUCUGCAGAGUUGACAGAUGCAGAAUCUGGAGAUCUUACACCCCUUCCUGAGAGUGGUGGAAAAUCAAAGGAAGCUCAAGAGUCAUCAGAAAAAAAACCCUCUUCUGCAUCUUCUUCUGGGUCCUUCAGUGUGGAAGACGAAGAAGGCGAAGCUUCCUCAAGCCCAGCUUCUGACAACCUUGGUCCUUCCCCCCAAGGCACUGAUGUUUUAGAAGGUAGCAGGGAUGGUGAGGGCAGCACUGGAUUGGUUGAAAAUGAAGUAGCUGGGACAACCAACAGCGGGGGCCAAGCUGGAACGGAUCUCCCACUUUCAGAUGCAGAAAUUGGCCCCACUGAAAAAUCAGAGCUGCCUGCAGGACCACCAGGAGCUGUGGCUGAUGGAGAAACCCCAAGUCAACCGACUGUAGAGGAUGGCGAGACAUUAGUAGGAAACACAGCCUCAGGAGAAGAAUCUCCCUUAGUCACCCCAAGUGAAAAAUCCCCCCCUUCCGUUGUUUUUGAGCCUUUAGGAGCUGAGCCUAGUGGGUCCACUAGCUCUCCAGUCUCCUAUCAGCUGUCUCCAGAUGUUGCAUUAAAUCCAGGCUCUGCAACUUCUGAGGAGGCCCAGGGAUUGGAAGAUACUUUUAGUAAGAAAGGAUUGGAUUUGGUUCCAAUAGACAUGGGGUCACCAUCGGCCUCCCUCUCCAAUGAUGGGAUAGUGGCUACUGACUCAGCCUUGGAAGGUAGUAAGGAGUCUCAACUCUCUCCAGAAGACGCUGCAACAGCAACAGAUGAGGGAGCAGAACCAUCUGAAGGCUCUUCCAGUGUCGGCGGCAAGGAAACAUACUUGGCUCCGUCAGCCUCAAAGCCACCAGUUUCCUCUUCUUCCGCUGAAGAGGUGAAAAUUGAUGGAUCACCAUCAAUCGAUAGCGAGGAGUCUACUCUGUCUCCAGAUGAUGCAGUGAGAGCAGGACCUGUCACUUAUGAGGAGGGAGAAGAAUCAGAAGACAUCUCCGCUGAAAGUGGAAAGGAACCAUCGUUGUCUCCAUUGGCCACAGAGUUACAAUCAGCAACUGCCUCCACCGAAGGCGUGGAAACUGCCAUCUCUGAAUCAGAAGCCAGUGCAGGAUCUCAACCAUCUCAAGAUUCUGCAGGACCUGGAGCUUCUGAAGGUAUAGAACAGUGGGAAAACUCUUCUGCUGCAAGUGAGCAGGAAAUGCCUUUGGGUUCAUCGGUUGGAGAAUCACCGAAAACAUCUGCAGGUGAAGAGGUUUCUGAAGGACUUGUUGAAGGAAGACCUUCCCUCUCCACUGAGUGGGUGGAUCCUGCCAGCUUUGAGAAGGCAGCAGGGAAAGGAUCUCAACCACAGCUAGUUAAUGCAGGAGUGUCCAAUGGGGAGGAACCAUCAUCGACUCCAUCGGCUGCAGAGCCACAGUCAGACUCUCUGUCAACUGAAGGGGUGGAAAUGCCCAGCUUGGGGCCUGCAACUGACACAGGAUCUCAACCAUCCGUAGAUAGUGGAGCAACAGCAGGGGCUGUAGCUUCUGAGGAGGGAGAAGAAUCCUCUUUGGCCCCAACAUCAACAGAAAUACAACCCCCUGGAACAAGUGAAGAAGUUUCUGGAGGGCUUAGCAGUGGAGAAUCUUCCACCCUCCCUGAAGGUGUGGAAACAGGGGCUGUAGCUUCCGAGGAGGGGGGAGAAUCCAUAAUAAGUGAAAAGAAAUCCUCUUUGGCCCCAUUGGCACCAGAGUCACAAUCCUCUGGAACACCUACAAGUGAAGAUGUUUCUGGAGGGCUUGGAGAAUCUUCCACCCUCCCUGAAGAUGUGGAAACACCUAUUUUGGAUUCAGCAACUAACACAGGAUCUCAAUCAUCACCGGAUGGCGCAGCAGAGGGUGUAGCUUCUGAGGAGGGAGGAGUAUCAGAAGACGUUUCUCCUGUGAGUGGGAAAGAGCCAUCUUUGGAUGCAUUGCCCACAGCCUCACAAUCUUCUGGAACAUCUGCAAGCAAUGAGGUUUCUGAAGGACUUGGUGAUGGAAAUUCCUUCCUCGCCACUGAAGGGGUGGAAACAGCUGGCUCAGAGUCAGCAGCAAGCAAGGCAUCCCAACCAUCACUAGAUGAUGCAGGAACAAUAGUGUCCAAUGGGAAGGAAGCAUCAUCAGCUCCAUUUGCUGCAGAGUCACCAUCAGACUCUCUGUCAACUGAAGAGGUAGAAACGCCCAGCUUGGGGACAGCAACAAAUGCGGGAUCUCAACCAUCUGCAGACAAAGCAGAUACAGCAGGGGAUUUAGCUUCUGAGGAAGCAGGAGAAUCGGAAGACACUUCCACUGUGAACGGGAAGAAGCCAUCUUUGGAUGCAUUGUCCACAGCAUCACAAUCUUCUGGGACAUCUGCAAGCAAUGAGGUUUCUGAAGGACUUGGCGAUGAAGAAUCCUCCCUCCCAACUGAAGGGUUGGAAACGCCCAGCAUGGGGACAGCAACAGAUGCAGGAUCUCAACCAUCUGUGGACAAUGCAGCUACAGCAGGAGCUUCUGAGGAGGGCAUGAGUGGGAAGGAAGCAUCAUUUAAUCCAUUGUCCACAGAAUCACAAUCCCCGGGAACAUUGACAAGUGAAGAUGUUUCUGGAGGACUUGGUGAUGGAGAGUCUUCCCUUCCCACUGGAGGGGUGGAAACUGCCAGUUUGGGAUCUACAGCCACCAAGGGAUCCACCUCUUCCACAGAGACAGUCCUGAGCCCAGAAAACGUAGCAGAGCAGCAAGAAGAGAAAUCUGGGUCAAUAACUGGUGCAGAAUCUUUCCCUCAACCCUCUUCUGUGAUCGACAAAGCUUCAGGGGGAACCUUGUCUUCUCCUUCUGCAUAUUCUGAUGAGAGCUUGGCCACCAAUGUAGGGGAUAACCAAGUCUCUGGCAUUACAGAGUCUUCACAGCCACUUCCAGGAAGUGGAGAUGUUAGUGACAACAUGGCAGGUCUUGAUAAUACAGGAAGUUCGGAAAAGUCUGUAAGUGGACAGCCUGCUCCUUCUAACAGUGAUGUCCUGGCUGGGUCAGAUUCUUCCUCGUCAGGGGCAGAAGUCAGCGCAGAGAUUCUAAGAGGAGAUUUGGGGACUGGUCCUGGGUCCUUGAAUAGAGAGGAAUCUCCAUCUGCCUUAUCACCCCCCAGUAACACACUGCCCUCUGGACCCGCCAACUCAUAUGUCAAAGGCACAGGAAAUGUCAUUGCUGAUGGCUCAUCUUCUCAGAAGGUAGAGGAGGCACCAGCUGGCGUAGAAGCAGGAAAAACAGACUCUUUCCCCUCUGAUUCAGAGACCCAAGAAUCCAGACCCUCACCCAAUGGGCUUUUGAGCUCUUCCACGGUGUCCGAAGGGAGAGGCGAUGCAGACAGCUCGGUUUUGGCAGCUAACAAGGGUCCAGCCACCACAUCCACUGCUGGUGGAACAAGUUCUUCCCUGUCUAGCACACAACUGAGUCCAGCGAAUACCCUGAAACUGCCUUCUGGGGCAGAAUCAGGACCUGAGAUCAAAGGAGGGACGUCUCCUCUGUCCUCCAAGUCUGAAGACCCAGGAAGUGUUAAGCCCAUACUUUUAGGAAAACCACCCAUGAAGCCAUCAUCUCCCGCUGGUUCUAGCAUCUCAUCCCUGCCUCCUUCCUCCGCCCAGAGUAAGCCAGCUGUCGGUCUGGGCAAAGACACAUCUGGCAACAGCAAAGCAUCCUCCUCCGCAGGGAAAGCACCCAGCUCUGCCCUUGGAACGUCCAGCAGCAGCUCUUCAGUUUCUAAGCCCACCAAGUCGGGGUCUUCAACCAGUUCCGGCAUCUCAUCCCUGUCUCCUUCCCCCACGCAGAAAAAGCCGGCUGUCGGCGUGAGCAAAGUCGCACCUGCCAAUAGCAAAGGAAAACCAGAGGUCCCCCUUGCCACCGCAGGAGAUACUAAAUCCUCAGAAGGCAAGACAAAGAAGCCCAAUUCAAGACCCCAGAAUUCCAAGGACAGGAAAGCAGGAACUGCCAAUGGAAACUCAGCAAAGUCAGGCCGCAUCUCUGCAGUUCCAGCUCCUGUAUCAUCACCAGGUGAGUGCAUUUAAUAUCUCCUUGUGAUAAACUGGAAUCAUAAAAUCAUAGAUUGGAGGAGUUGGAAGGGAGCCCAAUAGUCAUUUAGUCCUCUUGGACUCGAUAGCCCUUGUGGUCUAUUCCAACUCUAUGAUUCUAUGAAAUACUUGUCUCUGCCAAACAGUGAUGAGCUAAGAUAGUUGUCUUCAGCCUUUACAAGACCAGGGAACCGUCUUUAGCCCAACUUGAAUUUGGGGACUCACUUCUUAAUGCCAUGUAUUUAUUUAUUUUUUACUGUACAUGUGCACAGUGGUAGCAUUAGGUCAAGGCUGCGUGAUCCAGCUGUGCAUCCCAACUCACCAGCUGAAGACCAGAACUCCAGGGGGCAUAGGGUUGUAGUCAACCGAGUUAUACCCAGAGUACAUCCAUUAAAAUUAAUGGACACAAGUCACACCUGUCAUUUUCAAUGGAUUUACUCUGAGCAGGAGUAGUAUUUGACAAACAGCCUACGGGGUGGGGGGUGGGAUUCAACAGAGUACUAACCCGAGUAUAAGCAUUUGCUCAUACUUCACCAGUAUAAGCAUUUGCUGAUGGAACUAUCUGCCCACUCCUCCCCCUGUAUGCUGUUCCAGUCAAUUGGGGGGGGGCAUGUGUGUGGGAGAAGGAGAUGGAGGAAAAGAGGGGUGAAAAGCCCCAUUACUAUUAACAUGAGGCUGCAUUUUAAAUUGUAUUUUAACCCGUAUUUUAAUAAAUGGAGUUUUGUUUGUUUGUUUAUUAUAUUUUAUUGUAAUUUUAUUGGUGUUAGCCACCCUGAGCCCGGGUCUGGACGGCGAGGGCGGGGUAUAAAUAAAAUUAUUAUUAUUAUUAGUAUUAGUAUUAGUAUUAGUAUUAGUAUUAGUAUUAUUAUUAUUAGAGGUCCUUGUGCGACUUAGUUGAAUGCAUUUCACAGAAUUGCGGAGAUGCCCAGUGCAAUGGUGUCACCAACAUGCAUUGUUUUAUAACAGAGGUGACAGGAAAGACCCCCCCCCCCGACUGGUGGUAGUUCCAUCCUUCUUACACCAUGUGGCAUCUUGUUACUUAUAACGAUAAUGAAUUUAUUAUUGCACCCCACCCAUCUGACCGGGUUGUCCCUGCCACUCUGAGCGGCGUCUAACAAAAUAUAAAAACACCACGAUAUACUGCCAUCCACACAAGGGAGAGACUUCCACUUGUGCAGCAGGACCCGCGUCCUCUCCCCACUUUGCAGUCCCUCCUGCAGCUCCCCCAAAUCUUGGGGGCCCCUCUCAUUGUGGAUCUGUGGGGGGGAAGCAGGAGAAGUCUGCUCACAGAGUCUGGGUGAUAUUACCAAUUGUCUAGUUCAGUCUCAGAGACAUAGACACGGUUGUAGUCGCAGGUGAGGGCCAGAAUACAGGAUGCAGGUAGACUCUGGAGGGAUGGGAAGGACUCGUCGGAAGAUCCACCUUGUAAUAUUCUUGUGUUUUGAUGUGCAGCGGCGUCCCUCUUCCCAUACGGAGCAAGUGCAAACGACAAAGAAUACGUUCAAAGGAAAGUGGAUUUCAAUUCACCUCUGUUCAAGCCCGAGAUUGGAAUCCCACUGGGAAAAACACUGCGCAGCUCCCUCUAUGUGAGUCUUUAUGAAAUAUACUCAGAGUCGAGAGUGGAUUUCAUGCUCUUUAUUCAGCUCAUAGUGGUGAGGAGGAAUGGAAGUUCCCCCAGAAUGUCUGCUUUAAAUACAUUAUUUACACAAUGGGCCUCACGUGAUUGGCUAAUUCCGGGAUUCACCUGUAGGCCAAUCAGGUUGCGGAUUCACUUCCACCUGGAGCUGGACUGGGUGGCUCCUGUGGACCAAUCAGACUGCUGCAUUCUGGAUCCUAUUGUUCUAGGACCAAUCAGACUGCUGCAUUCUGAAUCCUAUUGUUCUAGGACCAAUCAGACUGCUGCAUUUUGGAUCCUAUUCAACUCAGUACAUAACACCUACCCUCCCCAUUUAUUUCUGCCAUGUCUUUCAAAGAGGCAGAGGGUCUGGAUGGGCAGACGGGAAGCAGGAUGACCCCACACUCCUUGGCACUCUGGCAAAUUUGCUUGGCUGCCACUUGGAACCUGGAGGGACUGCCAGAAUAUUUUAAGGGGUGUGGUAGAUUGCUUACCUUGUCAGAUAUAUAUUGCCCGUUUAACCUUUGUAGCACCAGGGGGGUUUGUGGACCCAAGUUUGGAUAAACUUGGCAAUCACUAGUACAUACUAAACACACACAAAAAUCGAGGCAUUCUAGGCUGAGAUGCUUCUCAGCAUUGCAACUGCCUGUGUGCAUCCCUGGUCUCAGUAGCACAAAUUUAUAUAAGCAACAUUUCCUGUGGUCCAAGUUCUGGUUGAUGGAAUACUUUUGAUACAUCUACACAAUUUGGAUCAACUGGGCCACAAGCAGGCAGCUUUCAUGAAUGCCCACGGUGCUUCACAGGGAAAAUGUAAGCAACAAUCAGAAUGAAAGUUUACAUUUGACACACAUUUACAAUUAGAAUUUGCCAGAAAAACCCAAUUCUGAAAGCAGAACUUCAUCUACUUUGCUGCAUCUUGCCGGUCUUCAUUUGCACCUUUCCUUCAUUUAGUUCACAGACAACGGACAAAUUAUUUUCCCAGCUUCUGAUAAAGAUAUUUCCAGCUAUCCUAACCCACCUCCGAAAGGAUUUAAUGGCCGUGAGAAAGUACCAAUGAUAGCGGUGUUUUGGGACAAUGCUGAUUUCUCCAGAGGCAAAGGAACCAUCUUUUACCAGGUGAGUAUUUGGGGUGGUUUAUUAUAUCUAUACAGUGGUACCUUGGUUUACGAACUUAAUCCGUUCUGGAAGUCUGUUCUUAAACCAAAGCAUUCUUAAACCAAGGCGUGCUUUCCCAUAGCAGCGGGGGACUCGGUUUACAAAAGGAACACACUCAACAGGAAGUGGAACAUGUUCUUAAUCCAAGGCAAAGUUCACAAACCAAAACACCUACUUCCAGAUUUGCAGCGUUCUUAAUCCAAGUUGUUCAUAAUCGAAGCUGUUCUUAAACCAAGGUACCACUGUACUAAGAUGCUCAUAAGUGUUCAUAGGUGGAAACUUUGUAACUUCAGAUGUGGUUCUGGAGCUACAUGCGUCCUUGUGUGUUAUUUCCAUGGCAUAAGUUUAAAUGUGUGUGUGAGAUUCCCAUCUGUAAUACACUCAUCUGUUGCAUGCAGGAAUAUGUUACGCAGACCUCUGCAAAACACCCCGUUGUCCGUGAUGUGGAAUCAAAGAUUCAGCAAUAUUUGAAGUGUUCCUAUUCAGCCACCUGGACACUCAAGAUCACCUGGGUGAAAGCGCAACCUUACCCAGCGCAGGGACAGAACGGCAGAGUGAGUUGUCUCCAGCAACAGAACACUGCUAUCACUGUACUUUGGUAUUCUAAGAAAGAUCCAAGUAACACUUUUUUAAUGAAGUGCCUUAUUUUAAGGAGCCUUGCAAAUAUAUUCCGUGGCAUCUUGUUUCAUUAUUUUGUAGAAUCCUAGCAUUGCGGAGUUGGAAGGGACCCCAAGGGUCAUCCAGUCCAGCCCGCUGCAAUGCAGGAAUCUCAUCUAAAGCAUCCCUCCAGCUUCUGCUUUAAAAUCUCCAAGGAAGGAGCAAGGGUGCCAAUUUGAAUAAAAUAUUGGGGGGUGGGUGUGUAUGCCAUUUGAAUAAUAAUAAUAAUAAUAAUAAUAAUAAAUAAUAAUAAUAAUUUUUAAUUUAUAACCCGCCCAUCUGGCUGGGUUUCCCCAAGACACUCUGGGCGGCUUACAACAUAUAAAACACAACAAAACACCAAACAUUAAAAAACAAGGUAUCCUAUACAAGCAACAAACAAACCAAUAAAUCAAUAAAAACCAAUAAUAACAACAACAGCCAUAAUCAUACUACUCCUUGCUGAUGCCCAUCAACUUGGGGGAGCAGCCCCCUCAAAUAUUUUAUUGGGGGGUGCAAAGGGACCUUGGCCCCUAGGAGUUGGCUCCUAUAUGAAGGAGACUCCAUUCCACUGACUGUUCCAAUGUCCAACAGCUCUUACAGUCAGAACAUUCUGCCUGAUGUUGAGUCUGAAUCUCCCUUCCUGUAACUUGAAUCCUUUGGUUCAGAUCGUGCCCUCUGGAGCAGCAGAAAACAAGCUUGCUCCCUCUUCCAUGGGGGACAUAUCACCUCUUAUAUUUCAUGGGUCUGCCAUACGUCUGGGAUUUUCUGGACAUAGCGGGCAGAAAUUUCAAAAAUUGGUCAAAAUGUCUGGGAAAACCUGGUCGUAUGGCAGCCAAUGCUGAUUCUUUGGCGAAUUCCCUAAAAAAAUAGCUCAAAACCUCAUUCUUCUUUUUUUGGGAGAUUUUGCAAAAAAAGAAAAGAAAGAGUCAUUCUUGAGCAGGAUUAGCCAACAUGGUGCCCUCCAGAUGUCAAAAGGAGAUGGAGACAACUUAUUUUAAAACAGCAAUUUCAAUUUGACUUGUGGGUGGCUGCUUAAUAUGCAUAGACUUCCCUAUUCCUUUUUUAUUUGUGAAGGUAGAAUAAGAAACGCCACUUUAUGAAAAGUGCUUCCAGAGCCUUGAAUGUGCACCUGGAUAGUAUGGUGGGAAAACUGUCUCACCUCUUAUUUAUGUAUCUUCCAGACCAACACUUACCAAGCCAUCCUAACCACUGAUGGAUACAGAACAUACACGCUGUUCCUGUAUCAAAACGGUGGAAUGCAAUGGGAUUACAGAAGAAUCGCUCCUGCAAAUGUGCUGAUCGGGUGGACCAGGUAUGUGCAGUUCCUUAACCAAAGGGACAUGGGUGGGCGAGCCAGGAAUAGGAGGAUUUGUCACUGAUGGUCAAACCCCCCCAUUGCCAUGAUUCAGAGAUCUGUGCAUGUUGAAAUAUGCGUAUGUUUUGGAUAGUGGCAGCCACUUGAGAGAGGAAAGGAAUGUACACCUGGAACUGCUUCCUCCAUUGGACUGAAUGGGAAAUUUUCAGAUUUGCCAAUUAAGAUAUGGGACAUAGGUGGCGCUGUGGGUUAAACCACAGAGCCUAGGACUUGCCGAUCAGAAGGUCGGCAGUUCGAAUCCCCGCGACGGGGUGAGCUACCAUUGUUUGGUUCCAGCUCCUGCCAACCUAGCAGUUUGAAAACAUGAAGUGCAAGUAGAUAAACAGGUACCGCUCUGGCGGGAAGGUAAACGGCGUUUUCAUGCGCUGCUCUGGUUCGCCAGAAGCGGCUUAGUCCUGCUGGGCACAUGACCCGGAAGCUGUAUGCCAGCUCCCUCGGCCAAUAAAGCGAGAUGAGCGCCGCAACCCCAGAGUCGUCUGCAACUGGACCUAAUAGUCAGGGAUCCCUUUACACACACACACACACACACACACACACACACACGGAUGAAGAGGGAGACUUUGGCUCCUGCACAUGGACUUGAAAUCAUGGGACCAAACUACAUACUCAAAAAUUUCUUGUCAAAAGUCCCAACCAGCGCCGGAUUUACAUAUAAGGUAAACAAGCUAUAGCUUAGGGCCCCACUCUCUUGGGGGCCCCCCAAAAAUUUAAAGGGAACAAAAGCUGGAUGUACAUUUCCAAAAUAUAAGAUAAAUUCAACAAUUACUUUGAUAAAAUACAUAUUUUGUUAUGUGCAAAUGGCUUUAGAUACGUAUUAGGUCCAUAAAUUACCAUAUAGGAUAUAUUCAACACAAAAAACAGCGACAAUUUGUUAUUGACAAAGGACAGCUGGAUAUAUAAAGGGCCCCAUUACCUUCAGUAGUUUAGGGCUUCAUCAAAUCUAAAUCCGGCCCUGAUCCUAACUGCUGCUUUUUACACCUUUACAAACAGCAAGGGGGGUGGAUGAGUUGGUUAUGACUACUGUGAGAUGUCAAGCGUGUGGAAGGCUAGCUCUCCCAAAAUGUAAUGCGGUGAUGGUCUCUUCUCUGAAAGGUUUGCAUUCAGCUACUUGAGAUCUGAACGAUCUCCUGGUUUGAGAAGGGAAAAUACUGUGUAUCCUUGGAAAGAUUAAAAAUCCACUUUAUUCUUCUUCUUUUAUCUUACAGUGGUGACGGAUAUUUUAAAAACGAUGACCUGAUGACUAAAACGCCAGCUGAGAAAUACCGGCCAGAUCAAACUGAAGGCUACAACACAGGUAUGGUUGACGCAUCGAAAGAAACCCACUAGCACAAAAAAACCAGAUUCUUGUCCGUCUGCGAGGCUGCAAAGGGGUUCAAGAGAAGCAAGAUACUUGCAUUGCUCCACACACCUAUGCCUCCGGCCCCACUAAUAAUAAUAAUAAUAAUAAUAAUAAUAAUAAUAAAUUUUAUUUAUACCCCUCCCCGGCCAGAGCUGGGCUCAGGGCGGCUAACACCAAUAAAAUCACAGUAAAAACAUAAUGGGGGAAAAGAGAAGGGAGGGGGAAAAAACAAUUUAAAAUACAGGUUAAAAUGCAAUUUAAAAUGCAGCCUCAUUUUAAAGUAGCCGAUAAAUCACAACUGACCACAACUGACAUGUGGCCCCCUGAAGGUUGCUCAGAAGGCCCCCCCCCCGAUAUCCUGUCAGGGGUCUGAAAGCCCCUUUGCGCUUGCAGAAAGCAAAACUCAUACCCUCCAACAUUUCUCUGAUGAAAAUAGGGAUGUUCUAUUCCAUCAACAUCAUCAUAGCCAAUUUAUUAUUUAUACCCUGCCCAACUGACUGGGUUGUCCCAGCCACCUCUGGGUGGCUUCCAACACAUAUAAAAACAUAAUAAAACAUUAAACAUUUUAAAAAACACCUUUUCUAUACAGGGCUGGCUUCCGAUGUCUUCUAAAGGUUGCAUAGUUAUUUAUCUGCUUGGUUCAGGGGUCGUGUAACUCCGUGCCCUCCGACUUUUCUCAGAUGAAAAUAGGGAUGUCCUAAGGAAAAGCGGGACAUUCUGGGACAAAAUCAGAAACUGGAACGGCUUCUGUAAAUCCGGGACUGUCCCUGGAAAAUAGGGACACUUAGAGGGUCUGAAAACUAGAAGCUUCUAAACCAGGGGUAGCCAACCUAAGGCCCGGGGGCCGGAUGUGGCCCAAUCGCCUUCUAAAUUUGGCCUGCGGAUGGUCCAGGAAUCAGCGUGUUUUACAUGAGUAGAAAAUGCAUCUCUGGGUUAUUUGUGGGGCUGCCUGGUGUUUUUACAUGAGUAGAAUGUGUGCUUUUAUUUAAAAUGCAUCCCUGGGUUAUUUGUGGGGCAUAGGAAUUCCUUCAUUCCCCCCCCUGCCCCCCCCAAAAUAUAGUCCAGCCCACCACAUGCUCUGAGGGACGGUGGACCGGCCCACGGCUGAAAAAGGUUGCUGACCCCUGUUCUAAACAGCCUCUUUCAAAUGUGCUUUUGUUUUCUGGUUCUAGCAUUGGGGUGCAGAGUUGCAACCUUUGGCCUUUAAGAACACAAGGAGAGCCUGCUGGAUCAGGCCAGUGGCCCACCUAGUCCAGCAUCCUGUCCCCACAGUGACCCAAAAGAUGCCCCUAAGGGAAACGCUCAAGCUGUGUGAAGGAGGACUUCCUUUUCUCUGUCUUUCCAACAUUCAGCUUCCUUGGGUGCCCACGAAUUUUAGCAUCGUGAGAGAGAGAGAUAGAAAAAGCUUUGCAUCAUUUCGUGAACUUCUAUUAUGUCUUCUCUCACUCACUUUUUCUUUAAACCACAAAGCCCCAAAUGCUGCAACCGUUCCUCGAAGGGGAAUUCCUUCACCCCCUUGAUCAUUUUGGCUGGCCUUUUCUGAAACUUUUCGUAGCAGUUUAAGAGUUUGGAUUUGAUAUCCCGCUUUAUCACUACCCGAAGGAGUCUCAAAGCAGCUAAUAUUCUCCUUUCCCUUCCUCCCCCACAACAAACACUCUGUGAGGUGAGUGGGGCUGAGAGACUUCAGAGAAGUGUGACUAGCCCAAGGUCACCCAGCAGCUGCAUGUGGAGGAGCAGGGAAGCAAACCCGGUUCACCAGAUUACAAGGCCACCGCUCUUAACCACUACACCACACUGUUAAAAGCUUCUCACUAAAAUUGUGGCCCAGGUCAGGACGGGAGUCCCAACACACACUUGGAUUAUUCCGUUACAUUAUACCAGGAUGAUGGCAGAGAUCUGGAAGGAGUUCGAUAGACUUAGGGCAGCUAAGUGGGGAUGUACCAUAAGUAAAUUAAGCUUCACGCCCUUGAUUUCCCUCCUGUUUUCUUGCACCCUCCUUCCAGGUGUGCGUGGUCUCUGGAUAUACAAGCUGGACAGUCGCAUCCGGGUGAACUACAGGCAGCGGUGCCUCGACUGGCUUAGCCAUGAGGGGCAGCCAUCUGCCUGGAACAAGGACCUGCCUCCCUGCCCUUGCUCUCUGCAACAGGGGCUGUCGGACGAUCGCUUCUCCCACAGCAAAAAAGGUGCGUGGCCAGCCCUGUGACUCGGACACACUGCUUGGACUUAAGCCAAUCUCGGACCACUGAAUGCAUUGAAGGCAGCUCUCCAGUUCGGUUGCUGUGUGGCUCAAAUGACGUUGACCCCAUAGCUCCAUGGCGAAGCACGUUUUCGUGCAGCGUCCACCCCUGCGAAAUGCAAGAAACCUUGGAGAACCACUGUAGACAAUGCUGAGUGAGAUGGACCAGUGUUUUGGCUUGGUGUAAGGCAGCUUUAGGGACGCGGGUGGCGCUGUGGGUUAAACCACAGAGCCUAGGACUUGCCGAUCAGAAGGUCGGCGUUUCAAAUCCCCGUGACGGGGUGAGCUCCCGUUGCUCAGUCCCUGCUCCUGCCAACCUAGCAGUUCGAAAGCAAGUCAAAGUGCAAGUAGAUAAAUAGGUACCACUCUGGCGGGAAGGUAAACGGUGUUUCCGUGCGCUGCUCUGGUUCACCAGAAGCGGCUUAGUCAUGUUGGCCACAUGACCUGGAAGCUGUAUGCCAGCUCCCUUGGCCAGUAAAGCGAGAUGAGCGUCGCAACCCCAGAGUCGGCCACGACUGGACCUAACGGUCAGGGGUCCCUUUACCUUUAAGGUAGCUUUGCAUGCCCAUCCAUUUCUCUCUGCAUUGUCAUAAUUUCUGAUGCCCCUGCAUGGGUCCUCCUGCCUUGUAGAUAAUUAUUAUUAUUAUUUAUUAUUUAAACCUGGUCCAUCUGGCUGGGUUUCCCUAGCCACUCUGGGCGGUUCCCAGCAGAAGAUUCAAAAUAGAAUCAAACAUAAAAAUCUUCCCUAAACAAUGCUGCCUUAAGAUGUCUUCUAAAGGUCAGAUAGUUGUUUAUUUCCUUGACAUCUGAUGGGAGGGCGUUCCACAGGGCGGGCGCCACUACCAAGAAGGCCCUCUGCCUGGUUCCCUGUAGCUUUGCUUCUCAUAGUGAGGGAACCACCAGAAGGCCCUCGGAGCUGGACCUCAGCGUCCGGGCAGAACGAUGGGGGUGGAGACGCUCCUUCAGGUAUACUGGGCAGAGGCCCAAUAUACCUGAAGGUAUGGCCUAUCAGUGUUGUGUAACAAUGGAGUUGGGGGAUGUUUAUGUUUGAAGCAGUUAUCCAUGGUGUAAGGAUAGAGGUGUACAAGAGGGGUCUUUUCAGCUGGGGAAAUUUGAAGGGUUUAAGAAUGGUGCCUUUUUUUUCGUGCACACCCGCCCCCUCCUGAAGAUCUGCAACACAGAACUAACAUCUUUAACCUUUGCAGGUUUGCCGGACUCUCGCUUAACCAUGCUGUAUUCCUCUGCCCCAAACAAGUACGGUGCUGGGGUCCGGUGUCUUUAUAACAGCAAAAACCAGCUUGUGGAAGGUCACCAGGAAAGAGUCUGGAAGGGUUCGAGAAGCUCCCCCAACAGCGGUAAGCUGUACUUUGGAGGCUGUGCAACGGUUAUCUGCCUGAAGAUACCCACAAGUUAUCAAGUUAACAAGAGGUUGUAGGUGUUGGUGCAGGAGGAGGGGGAAAUGUUAUAUAUAUAUAUAUAAAAUGGAGGAUUCCCUGGGUGACAAGUUCCAGGUUUAGGGCAAGUACUCUAUGGUGAGAGAACCCCAGCAGAGAUUUAAAAUCACAAAGUGUGGAACUAUAGGUUGUUAGACCUUUAAACUAUGCCUUUGUGAGCUCCAAAACUUCCCUCUUCCCCCAGCAUAGGAAAAGACCACACGUUUUGCAAGUUUAAAAACUGUUUUACUUACAAACUCUUCAAAGGUCAGGUUCAUGUGCUUUUCCAUACACCAGUCAGAAAAGUUGCACAGGCAGUAAAACCUGACCUAGUCAGAAAGUGGUAAAAGUUCCUAAAUUACGGGCAUAGGAACACAAGAAUGGCUUGAGAGAGCUGAGUUCAUCAGGGAGACUGGAAGGGAAACAAAGCCUUGAUUAUCUAGUUCCUUCCAAGGUGAGAGGGAGUGGACUUAGCUAAGCCUGGCAGUAGAGCUUACUCUAUAGUAUUAACCCCUUCAUGCGCUAGCAAGUUGGUUACAUGAAGCUGAUUAUCCCACAGUAGAACGCAAGUGUUUGUAUCCUUAACUCUAGUAGACGAUGAAAGAACACAAGAGAAGCCCUACUGGAUCUGGCCAAUGGUUCAUGUAGUCUAGCAUCCUGUUCUCAUACUGGCCAGCCAGAUCUUUGUGGGAGACCAGCAAGCAGGAAUUGAGCGCAAGGGCACUCUGCCCUCUUGCCAUUUCCAGCAAAAGAUAUUGUGCGGCAUAGAGCCUCUGAUUGUGAGGUAUAAAACGGCCAUCGUGACUAGUGGUCAUUGAUAACCUUAUGAAUCUCCCAGCAGAAUCUCCCACCUUCUGUCCAAGUCAGGCUCUUGGUCUGAAAUAUUUCCAAAUCAGGCUCUGAUAAUUUCCUUUCCUUUCCUUUCUUUCUCGCAAUUCCUGUCUGCAGACGAAGAGUUGAAAUUAUAUGACUGGUGCUGUAACCAGGCGGGAAGCCUCCAGUUCUGUGAUAAGUACAGCCAGAAAAGGCCAAAGAUCGGCUGUGACGGAUACAGGCCUCCAAUCCGGGGUGAGCACUCAAUCUUUGCAAGGCAGGGACUGAGUCCUUGGGAUCAAUAGCAGACGGCGUUCAUUCAUUCAGUCAUAUCCACAGGAUGCAAAAUGGAUUGCACACAUGUUUAGAUGUGUGCAAUUUUUUUUUUAGGGGGGUUCUCUCUCUCUCAUGCAUAGUUUUUAAGUUUUCCUGCACCAGUACAAAGAACAAGCAUAAACAAUGACAUAAAAAUAAAGGAUACCAACAAAGCAUGUCAGUGCACAACAUCGUUUUGUCCUCACGACAGCCCAAGGAGGCUGAGCGACUCUGAGCUGCCCAAGGUCAGCCCGUGUCAAGCGUGAAAGUUCCCCUCUCCCUUCAGUAGCUCACAGAUAAGAAUUAAUGAGCAGUUGAUAGAUUUUGUUGUUGUUUAGUCGUUUAGUUGUGUCCCACUCUUCGUGACCCCAUGGACCAGAGUACGCCAGGCACUCCUGUCUUCCACUACCUCCCGCAGUUUGGUCAGACUCAUGUUUGUAGCUCCGAGAACACUGUCCAACCAUCUUGUCCUCUGUCAUCCCCUUCUUCUUGUGCCCUCAAUCUUUCCCAACAUCAGGGUCUUUUCCAGGGAGUCUUCUCUUCUCAUGAGGUGGCCAAAGUAUUGGAGCCUCAGCUUCACGAUCCCUCCUUCCAGUGAGCACUCAGGGCUGAUUUCCUUAAGAAUGGAUACAUUUGAUCUUCUUGCAGUCCAUGGGACUCUCAAGAGUCUCCUCCAGCACCAGAAUUCAAAAGCAUCGAUUGAUAGAUUUACAGUCCUUUUAUUACAGCAUCAUGCUGCAAGCACAGACAACCCUUCUCAAGGAGAUCAGUUGCCUACUCUGAACCCUCAUUCCGAUGCAAGGAGCACUCCAAUGGGAAGUUCCUCCCCCUCUCUGCCUCUUUUGAUCUCUGAUACAUUUGGACCUCCGAGUCCGUGGCGAGGGGGGUGGUUCCCCCAUACUAUCAACUGAUGUGUCUCCCAGCUGCCCCCUCCCUUCUGGCUCCCUUGUCAUUAUCUCGUAGCUGGGUAACUCCUCCCUAAUCUGUUCAGCUUCUAAGUCUGUGUCUGCCUCUCUCUCUGCUUCUGACAACGCUGGAGGCGGGGGGCACACAAAUAUUCCCCCUCCUCUUCCGAGUGGAGUUGAUCCACCUGUGACUGCAUUCCCCAAUCUUCAGAUCCAGACCAUUCCCUGACAGCCGGAGAUUUUUUAUGGCUGAAGGACAAGUUGAUCCUUCAUUUCCAACCUCUAAACCAGACAUGAGUUGAAGGCCCCAAUGCAGGGGUAGUCAACAUGGCGCCCUCCAGAUGGACAGGAGGGCACCAUUAUGCUGGCUAGCCCUGCCCUACUGAAUGCACUGGGCACAUGUGUGGCUCUGCAGAGAAGACCAGUGUUCUCCAAUAUGUGGGGCCUGGGCUCCAACUGAGCUUCUGAUUCUUAUUUCUGUUGGUGAACCCUCUGCUGUCACCAACAUACAAAUCAGGUGGAUAUAUUGCAUGGCGUUGGCAUAAACCAGUGUUUGAUCUUUUUUUUUAACAGCAGCGACUUCAUCGGAAGAGAAGGUGGAUAGCAAAUCAGAAGAAGAAAGAGGUAAGAAUGGGUGGGGUGUGCAGGAAUACAGGGGAUUUGGUGUGCGUGCACAUUUUUGCACAUAACCUGUGCUUCAUGUGUGGCAUUUUUCUUGCUUCCAAGUACACAGAAUGUUUGCACUCAGUGAGAAAAAGCUUUUAUGGAGAAGCAAUGCAGUCCAACUUAUUUAAGGGCAAAGCACCUUUUUACCUAGGCUUGUUAAGAACCUUGUAUUUUAAAUAUUUUUUUUUGGUUUUUGCAAGAACCAAAUUUAAAAUAAUGAAAAGAAAAAACUUUUAACAUACUGUAUCCAUAUAUGAGGUGCUCUGAAUCUCGUGAUUUCCCUCCCGUCCCCUGCAAGGGUCCUUAAAAUAAUUUUUUUCUAAACCUACAUAUCAUUCAGUUUUCAUCUCUCUAAGUUAUCCAUGUCUUUCGUUUCUUUACAAGUUAUUUUUAAAGUCCAGCUAACGUUUUUAUUUGUUUACAAUGGUCUCCUAAAUAAGUUGUGAAUUUCCCCCAUUCUUUUUAAAAGUUAUUAUCUUCUUCAUUCCUGAGUCUCCCAGUCAAUUUUGCCAUUUCUGCGUAGUCCAGCAGUUUGGCUUGCCAUUCUUCCUUGGUCGGGACUGUUGGUUCCUUCCAUCUUCAGGCUAGUAGCAUCCUUGCAGCUGUUGUCGCAUACAUAAACAGUCUUUUCUGGUCUUUUGGGAUGUUGGCACCUGUAAUUCUUACUACAAAGGCUUCUGGUUUUUUGACAAAUGUUAUUUUAAACAUUUCCCCCCCAAUUCAUUGUAUAUCAAUUCCCAAAGAACCUAAGAUUUGCUCUGCUAGUCGAGACCAAGCUCUGUCUAGUCAGACAAGCGCCCUGGGGCUGCUCGCAAGCUGGGCAUAAGGAUAACAAACCCCGCUGAAAUGAACACGAAGGAGCUGUGAAAGGGCACGGGAUCCCCUAAGCAAGGAGACUUCGUUAGCAUAAUACAGGACUCAGCAGUUGCCAUCUCAGGGUUGUUAUUCUCAGAUAAUCACCUCGGUCUAUAUUCCAUUCCUUAGAAACUUUAUCUGGGGUUCUUUGGUAAAAAGAGGGGUGAGGGGGGAAACUUCCCUUAAAUCUCCACCCCCAUCGUUCUGCCCGGACGCUGAGGUCCAGCGCCGAGGGCCUUCUGGCGGUUCCCUCAUUGCGAGAAGCAAAGCUACAGGGAACCGGGCAGAGGGCCUUCUCGGUGGUGGCGCCCGCCCUGUGGAACGCCCUCCCAUCAGAUGUCAAAGCGAUAAAUAACUACCUGACAUUUAGAAGACAUCUUAAGGCAGCCCUGUUCAGGGAAGUUUUUAAUCUGUGAUAUUUUACUGUAUUUUUGGUUUCUAUGGAAGCCGCCCAGAGUGGCUGGGGAAACCCAGCCAGAUGAGCGGGGUACAAAUAAUAAAUUAUUAUUAUUAUUAAAUGCAGCUUCCUGGUCUUCUUUUGCAAAGGGAAGAGCAUUCCAGGGUUCAUGGGGGCACCGUAAACCUUGCCAAAACUGUGCAAAUUGGCACGUACCAGGGUCAUCAGCAACACACAGGGGAAUAGGCAAAGAUUUCCCAAAAAAAUCUGAGAAUCAGAAAUAGAAUUAAUUGCCUUUCUCCAGUUAGUCAACAUCACCAUGUUACCUGUCACAAGGCAGAGAUUAUGACGUUUCUUUAGAAGCAGAUAAUGAUGCUCCCACUUUCUUUACCUUCCAGAUUGAGAUCUCCUCCUCCUCCUCCUCCUCCUCCUUCUCCAGACCUUGUUUUACUGCAGAUCAACGUCAAUGAUUCGCCCACCGGACACCUUUUUGCUCCUCUGUUUUAUGCAGGAGCUGAAUGGGGAAACGGCUUCCAAAUCCGUUCAGGCUGAAAUGAUCAACUUUGCUGAAUAAAAUGCCUUCAACACCUCGUUACUUCUGUCUGCAGUUAUUAUCCCAGUCGUAAUGCUGGGAAGGAUCAAGGCCCUUAGCAUGAGGAGAACCUGGGGGCAAGAAUAGGGAUGGGCAGAGCGGCCAAUUUUGGUUUCUUGUUCUUUCCAGCCUUAGAUUCUUAACUCCACCUUUCCAGGCCAGUAUGUGAUUUUAUUUGAAAACGGAAAAAAGUCCUCAUGAAAAUUCACCAGCAUCUUC